CGCGCGCACACGCGGCGACCCGCGUGUGACCGGCGCGGAAGCGGUGUGACCCGACGACCCCGGCACGCGCGCGGCGACCCGCCGCCACAAUGGCGUCGACCGGCGGCCUGCUGUCGCCGACACUGGUCAAGAACGCCAUGCGCUCGUUCUCGGCGGACAGCCUGAACGUGGGCGGUUCGGCGGCCGCCGGUGCCGGCGGGUCAGCUGGGGCCGGCUGGCGCCCCGGCCCUGCUGACACGCGCUCCUACGUCCCGCUGGCGGCCACGCGCGUGCGGGAGGUCUCCCGACGCCGCCCACGGCCGGCAGCGGGUCACCAGGGCUCGGCUCGGCCGGCGCUCGACUCGGAGGGCGACUCGGACAUCAGCUCGGAGGGCAGCAGCGGCGCCAGCUCGCUGACGCGCAGCCAGGACAGCGGCGCCGGCGCCGGCCGCGCCCGCCUCUCCGAGAGCUCCGAGGCCGACAACGACGACGAGCUGGCCAACGUCAACCUGCGACAGCUGCGAUCGAGUUACCUGACGAACUUCGACUCUGCGAAAGCGACCGCGCGGCCCGUGCGGCGCCCCGACACGGGCGUGUCAAUCAAAAACCUGAAAAACACGUACGCGGCGCCGCCGGCGGCCGCGGCCCGCGCCGGGCCCACCGGCGAGGCGCGGCCUCGAGACAUGUCCAAGAUCACGGUCAACAUGGCCUCGCUGAAGUCCGUGUACUCAAGCCCGGACGGCGGCCCGAAGCCGGCCGGCCAGAAGGCGGCGGCGGCGGCCGACCUGCCUGCCGGCCUCAGCCUGCCCUCCAUCCGGGCGGCGUACGUGCAGCAGGCGCAGGGUCACGGGCAGGCGGGCGGCGCCGCCGACCGGCCGGCGCCCCGCACCAUCCGCACCGGCGUCAGCAUCGACAAACUGCGCACCAGCUGGAAUGACCUGACCCAGGCCGGGGAGAGACCAGGCGGUGACCCCUUCAGCCAGUCAGACUCUCUGAAGAGUGCGUGCAUGGGGGUCUCAGUUAAAGCCCUACGGGCCAGCUACGGUGACCUCAGUCGACUGUCGGACGCGCCGGCCCCCGAGCCGACACUGCGGCCGGCCGCCCCCCGCCCCGCCCCGCGCUGUAACAGUAUCCGGGACCUGAGCUCCAGCGCGGUGGACCUGCCGGGCCUGCAGGCCUCGCCCGUGCCGCGCUCCUGGCUUCAGGCGCCGGCCGAGGCGCGGCGCCACCGGCGCGCUGCCGCCCAGGACGAAACGCCUCUGACGCCCCCGACGUCCCUGACAAAGAGCCGGUACAAAUCAGAGGGCGACCUGACGCUGGCGGCGCCGGCGCCGGCGUCGGCCCGCCAGGCGCCGGCGACGCCCGAGCGCGGCCUGCGCGACUCGGACGUGUUCUCCCGCGUCUCCGUCAAGACCCUGCGGGCCAGCUUCUGCGACCUGAGCCAACUGCGCGAGCCAGCCGUACCCAGCCCCGGCCGGGAGCUGACCAAGGCGGCCGGCCUGAGCGCCGCCCUGCGCUCUAGCUUUGGGAAGGAUGACGCACUCUCGCCGGACCACACGCGGAUCCACGUCCGUUCCUUUGACAGCUCCAAAGCCAUGCGCAAGUUCAGCAAGGACGCCGCGGAGGCGGCCGGCUCCGAGUGUCGCUCCUGCGGCCGCCAGGUCUACCAGAUGGAGAGCGUGCACGCCGAGAAGGCCGUCUGGCACAAGAACUGCUUCCGCUGCAGCGAGUGCAGCAAGCAGAUCACCGUGGACACGUACGCCAGCCACGAGGGCCGCCUGUACUGCGUCGUCCACCACCGGCAGCUGAUGAAGCCCCGGGCGCCGGCCACGCCCCCGCACGCCACUGACCCAGGGACGCGGUCUCCGCCGGCGCAAGGGAUGGUGCUGGAGACGGGAGAGGAGGCGCCGGCCGAGGUGGUCCGCUCUUCGAACAAGGCGGACUAUGGACUGGAGGACCUGCAGAAUCUGAACGUCAAGGACCGCUUCUCGGUGUUCGAGCGCACCAAUGAGGACGACCAGGAGAAGGGCCUGGCCUCAGUUGAGGUCAAGCGCUCGCAGAGCAUCCUCAACAAAAUGAAGAGGUUCCAGGAGCGUGACUCGGCGCGGGACGCGGACUCGGCCUCCGGCGACGAGUCGGCGGACUCUGGCGACGAGCAUCGGCGCGACCCGGACCUGGUGCGCUCCACCAGCAAGACACGGCGCGAGCGGCCCAUCAGCUUCUCCGGCCUGGGAGACGUGAAGAGCCGGUUCGAGGGCGGCCGCCGCGAGCCCACGCCCGACGACAAGGGCGAGCAGACCAAGCUGCGCGGCAUGAUCUGCGGCGCGCGCGAACACAAGCUGGCUUACGAGGAGGCCCUGAGGGAGCAGGAGGCCCAGGCCGAGAGCCGACGCUCUCUGGAGGACCCGAGCCUCGUCGUCCAGGGUAACCUGCGGGCCUCAUACGAGCGGGCGGUGCAGGAGUCCGGCUCGCCGCGGCCGGCGGCGGCGCGCGACCACGAGGCCGUGACGCGCCGCAGGGCGGCCGACAUGGCGUCCCGCUUCGAGCGCGGCGACGUGGCGUCCGCGGAGACCGACGCCGACGCCGACGCGCCGGCCGUCAACGAGAACGGCGGCAGUCACAACGGCCACUCGCUGGCCCACGACCAGAGCUCGGCGGCAGGAGAGUCAGCCCUCGCCAGCCUGUCGUCGGACGCCGGCGGCAGCGAGCUCGCCAGGGGGGACUCGCCGGACGGUCAGGCCGUCAUGGAGGCCCCGGUCGCCGACCCGGAGCUGCUGCACAGCGACACCACCAAACGCAUGCUG